GAUGAAUUAAGAAAUUUUCAAAAGCGAUGAGUUGAAAGUAUAAUCAUUAGCGGGAGCCCCUUUAGGAAUGAGACUUGUGAAUUCAGAAACAAAAUAGAUUUUUUCUUAAGUAAAAACAAUUUUAAUACUUAGCAACCUAUUUAUGAAAUUUCACAACAAAGAACUUAAAUUUAGACCCAAAGCGAAGCCCCCUUGAAAUAAACACAAUAGCUACCUCCUUAAAGAAUAUAAAGUCAAAAUGUUUUAAGACAGAAUAUGUAAAUACCUUAGUUGUCGUAUCCAGGGACAUAUAGUGUACAACAGAAUUGUUAAUAAGCACCACCUUUAUGCAUGAACAUAGUUGUUGUAUCAAAAGAAGAGAUAGAAACUCCUUGGAGAUUAGAAUGUGAAUAUCUAUAAUCAAUAAUUGCUGAUUUGGAGAGAAGAAAGGAAGCAAAAGUGAUUGAGAAAGUAGUAGUAGAGAAGGUUACUGAUAAUACUCGUGUAGAGUAAUUAGAAUAACAAUUACGUAAUUUACGAUAAGAAAAUGAAUAAGUGAAAAGUUAGAUGAUGCAAAUGAGAAUUAAUUAUGAAUAAUAAUUAGAGAGUAUGCGUGGUGAUAUAACAUUGCAUAGUGCUAAUGCUGCAGAUACAGCAUCAAUGUAAGCAGAAUUCUUUGCUAUGAGAACUUAAUUAGAAGACUAGAUUGCAGGAUUAAGAAGAUAAAUAGCUGAUCUAGAACUUCAUUAUAGUGAAUGUUAAAGUGAUAAUGAUAGAUUAAAACUAUUAAUUUAAAAUAAGGAUGCUGAAAUUUAACAACUUAGAUUAUAAAUAUCUAAAUUAUAGACAAGUGCUUAAGAUACAAGUUAAUUAAGAGAUUUAGAAAGUCAAUUAAGAUUAGCAAGAGAUGAAAUAUCAAGAUUAGAAAGAUAAUUACAAUAAGCUAAUUAAGAUAUUUUGAAUUGGAAGAAUAAAUACACAACUAUAGAAUAAGAAUCAUAUACUAAAAAUAAUGAACUUAUUAUGCAAUUGAGAGACUUAGAAGUAAAAGUUAAAUAUCAUAUUUAUUAGAAUAAAUUAGCCAUGAUGACCUCUGAAUUUAAUAGAUUAUAAGUAUAAAUAUAAAGCAAAGAUUCAGAACUUGAGGAUUGGAAAUAUAGAUAUACUUAAUUAGAAUCUUAAGGAACUACAGUGAUUUAAGAGAAGGUGACAUAUUUAUCAUAGGAAGUUGAAGUUUGGAAAUAAAAGUUUAUUAAAGCUAAUCAUGAAUACAAUAAAUGUUAAGAAGAGUUAACCAUGUGUUAAGCUGAAUUGGAAUCACUUAAAAAGAGUGCUUAGAAGAAAGUAAAAUUGUUAAUAUAUUUUAGGAAGUAGUAGUGACAUCAAGAACAGUUACUUCAAGAACAGGUAACACUUUAUCUGUAACAGGUACGACUGGUUCAUAGUCAUAAAUAAGAAGAACCACUUAGCAAGAGUGAUAUUUUCAUUUAUUUAAGAAUAUUAAUA